UGACGCGUCCAUGAGGAGCCCCUACUCUAGGACCCGGCCGGCGCCUUCUCCUUCUCGCCCGCCGCAGACAAGCGCGGGCCGCGGCGCCGGCCCUGCGCCGUGGAACAUCUCGACGGUCGCGCUCGAGCUGAGUCCGGGCGACGGCGAGAGAGGGAGGGGCGGCGGCCAGUCGGGCGGAGAGGCGGAGGCCUCCCCCCAGCCAGGCUCGCCAGCCGCGCAGCAGCCGCGCACCCCCGCCGCCGCGCCGCUGCGAGCGGUGGCGCUGCCGAUGGCGCCGGCGGUGCAGCCGAGCGCCGAGCGGUGGGGCGCUGCCGAUACCACCACUGACCCCGCCUCAGAGCCAGCAGACAUAGGGCCCCAGAGAGGGAGCGUCACCCAACAAUGUGGUGUGAUGUGCAUCAUAUCAGAGAGAGCAGUCAGCGAGCAUGGAGAGAGAGAGGGGCGGAGGCUGGAGCGGCGUCCCCCCGCGCGGCCGGCGCGCACCUCUUCCUCGAGUGUCGAUCUUAGGGCCCCGCGGCCCGCUGUGCGCUCACAGGGGAGAUGGUGGCAUGUACGUAAAAAGGAAGAGCAGUCACAAACGC